CCCCCAUUCCCGGUGUUUUUCCCCCAUGGAGAACCCCUCGCUCUGAGCCCCGCGAUGCUCCGCGCCCCGCGGGCUGCGGCGCCGGGGUGGUCGCUCCUCCUUCCUCCCCCUCCUCCUCCUCCUCCUCCUCCUCCUGCGAGCCGCUCCGGCCGCUGAUCCCGCGCCGAGCCGAGCCGAGCCGAGCCGAUUCCCGGGGAAAUAAAAGCAAAACCGCGCGGGGAUGGAGCGGGAAUCGCCGCGGGGCAAAUCGCGGCUGCCCUCGCUGCUCCUGGCGCUGCUGGGGCUCGGCCCAGGGCUCUUGCAGGAGGCGCGUUUUGAGGCAGAAAAUGAGGUUUUGGAAAUUCUGGCUGGGAAUUCCACCCAGUCUCUCCUGGAGCGUUGUUCUGAGCUGCUCUUCGGGCAGCCCCGGGCCCCGCCGCGCCAGGUGAACGGCGUGCUGGGCGGCUCCGUGCUGCUGUCCCCGGCGCUGCUGCCCAACCAGACGGUGAAGGAGAUCGAGUGGAGCUUCUCGGCGGGCACCGGUGCCACCAUCCAGGUGGCCGAGGUGGGCCCGGGCGGGCUGGAGCGGCCGGACCCGCGGGACCGCUUCGGCCGCCGCCUGGAGCUCGUCAACGGCACGGCGCUGCGGCUCCGCGGGCUGCAGCGCGGCGACAGCGGCGUCUUCGGGGCCCGCAUCAAACUGCAGCCGGCCCUGGUGGAGGACCAGGCCUUCAACCUGUCCGUCUACGAGGCCGUGCCCAGCCCCCGGACGCGCAGCCAGCUCCUGGCCAGCACGCUGGAGUGGUGCAACCUCACCCUGCAGUGCCAGGGCAGCGGCCGCGGCGCCGUCAAUGUCACCUGGCGGCGCGACAGCCUCACCUGGGGCCAGCUGGGCCCCGGGCGCCACCAGCUGUCCCCCGACGGCACCACCCUGCGGGUGGCACUGCCGCCCACCGCCACCAACGUCACCUACGCCUGCACCGUCAGCAACCCCGCGGACCACAAGGUCGCCCUGUUCGACCUGCAGAGCCUGUGCCAGGGCGGAGGGGGCCCCUCGGCCUUCUCCACCUCGGGCUACGUGGUGCUCUCGCUGAUCCUGGUGGCCGUCAGCCUGGGCGGCGCCUUCUGGUGCUGGAGGGUCAACAGCGAGAAGGCGGCCGAGGCAGCCGCCACGCCCACGGCGCCGCCCGAGGAGAGCCCCGGGGAGCCGCAGUUCAGCGACAUCGUCUGCAGGAGCCCCCCCGAGGGCAACGACCAGCCGAGGGGGACCCCAACUGUCGCCCCGCAGGGCCCCAGCCCCCCCGAGGCCCCGCAGGAACCCAGCGAACCCCAAAAAUCCGAGCCCGCGGCCCCAAAAUCGCCCCCGGGGGGCGGCGAGCAGAAAGCCCCGGAGGACACGGCCGAGGAGGUGACAUAGGGCCAGGGCCCCGCAGCGCCGGCACCCCGGGAAGGGCUGAGAGCGUCGAGUGCCAAACCCCGAGCCCCAACCCCGAGCCCACGGCCGGGCCCAUUUCCCCCCCUGUGACCCCAAAACCCUCGGGUCUGUCCCCAAUUCCCUGCCC